AGAGGACGACUUGAAGAAGCCGCUCUCCGCUGUGUGGCGACCGGAAUCAUGUCGAGUUUGGCGGUGAGAGACCCGGCAAUGGAUCGAUCACUGCGUUCCGUGUUCGUGGGGAACAUUCCGUAUGAGGCGACUGAGGAGCAGUUAAAGGACAUUUUCUCGGAGGUUGGUUCUGUUGUGAGUUUCCGGCUGGUAUACGAUAGAGAGACGGGCAAACCUAAGGGUUAUGGCUUCUGCGAGUACCAAGACCAGGAGACCGCACUUAGUGCCAUGCGGAACCUUAAUGGGCGGGAGUUCAGCGGGAGAGCGCUUCGGGUGGACAAUGCAGCCAGUGAAAAGAACAAGGAGGAGCUAAAGAGCCUAGGGCCUGCAGCGCCCAUCAUUGACUCACCCUACGGGGACCCUAUCGAUCCAGAAGAUGCUCCUGAGUCGAUUACCAGAGCAGUCGCUAGCCUUCCCCCGGAGCAAAUGUUUGAGCUGAUGAAGCAGAUGAAGCUCUGUGUCCAAAACAGCCACCAGGAAGCUCGAAAUAUGUUACUUCAAAACCCUCAGCUGGCUUAUGCGCUGUUGCAGGCACAAGUAGUGAUGAGAAUCAUGGAUCCAGAGAUUGCUCUGAAAAUUCUGCAUCGUAAAAUUCAUGUAACACCACUCAUCCCAGGGAAAUCUCAAACCGUUUCUGGCCCUGGCCCUGGCCCUGGACUCUGUCCUGGACCUAACGUUCUGCUGAACCAGCAAAACCCCCCGGCCCCUCAGCCUCAGCAUUUGGCCAGACGACCUGUGAAAGACAUCCCUCCUCUGAUGCAGACCCCUAUCCAAGGUGGAAUUCCACCCCAAGGCCCAAUGCCCGCCGCAGUUCCUGGUCCUGGCCCCUUAACUCCUGGCGGAACAAUGCAGCCCCAAGUUGGAAUGCCAGGGGUUGGUCCCGGGCCCUUAGAGCGGGGGCAGGUGCAGAUAUCUGAUCCCAGAGCUCCUAUGCCUCGUGGGCCCAUGACUGCUGGUGGCCUGCCUCCUCGAGGACUGUUAGGGGAUGCUCCAAAUGACCCACGUGGAGGGACUUUGCUUUCAGUCACCGGAGAAGUGGAGCCCAGAGGCUAUCUUGGCCCACCGCAUCAGGGUCCUCCAAUGCACCAUGCCGCUGGUCAUGACAGCCGGGGCCCUUCCUCACAUGAGAUGAGGGGAGGGCCCUUAGCAGAUCCUAGAAUGCUCAUGAGUGAGCCCAGAGGACCUAUGAUAGAUCAAAGAGGGCUGCCUAUGGAUGGCAGAGGCAGCAGAGACUCUCGAGGGAUGGAGACUCGAGCCAUGGAAACAGAGGUCUUAGAGACACGGGUGAUGGAGAGAAGAGGAAUGGAGACCUGUGCAAUGGAAACCAGAGGAAUGGAAGCGAGAGGCAUGGAUGCAAGAGGAAUGGAGAUGAGAGGCCCUGGCCCCAGUUCGAGAGGCCCUAUGACUGGGGGAAUUCAGGGUCCUGGUCCUAUUAAUAUGGGGGCAGGUGGUCCUCAGGGACCCAGACAGGUUCCCAACAUUUCAGGGGUGGGAAACCCUGGACCUGCCAUGCAGGGGGCAGGUAUGCAAGGAGGUGGCAUGCAAGGGGCGGGCAUGCAAGGAGCUGGCAUGCAGGGGCCGGGCAUGCAAGGAGCUGGCAUGCAAGGAGCGGGCAUGCAGGGGCCGGGCAUGCAAGGAGCGGGCAUGCAGGGGCCGGGCAUGCAAGGAGCGGGCAAGCAAGGUGGAGGGCAGCCUAGCAGUUUUAGUCCUGGGCAGAGCCAAGUAACCCCCCAGGAUCAAGAAAAGGCAGCUUUGAUCAUGCAGGUUCUUCAGCUGACUGCAGAUCAGAUUGCCAUGCUGCCUCCUGAGCAAAGGCAGAGUAUCUUGAUUUUAAAGGAACAAAUCCAGAAAUCUACUGGAACUUCUUGAAAUGUUUUAGAAAAUAUUUGGUGGUAGUCUUACAAAGGUUUUCUGUAGCGUAGAGGAUGGGUAGGUGUGAAAAGCUGAGUUCUGAAACCCCACACUUGAAUAGUUGGGGUUUCUUUCCUUCCAGAACCUAAUCUCAUUUCUUGUUGUCUUUUCCUUUAUUUUUAAUUGUGGGAUAGGGGGUGGAGGGAGUGGGUCUGUUUACUUUAAUUCCCUGUAAAUAUACAAAAAUAACUGAACAUGAUUAUAUACCAAAUAAGGUUACAAAGGUUAUGCAGUAUUAUUAAAUGUGUCUACAAGGUGUUUAGUCCAUUUUAAAAAUACUGAGUAAAACAAUGUGAAAACUGCAUAAAGACUAAAAGAUGACCUGUUCAAAUGGUAAUAUACUAAGAUAGUUUAACAUGUUUGGUUGUGUAAGAAAAUAAAGAUG